UUGGCGAGGGUUUCAGAAAGGGUUUCAUCGGCGAGUGGCAGCGCAACCAAAGUAACCAUUUUCCGAGCAUCCUUGCCUUGACCUCCGUCGCCGUCGACGCCGUCGCCAUGCACGCCCCGGUCUUGGUUCUCAAGGAUUCUGUAAAGCGUGAAUCUGGGAGCAAGGUGCAGCAUGCCAACAUCCAAGCUUCAAAGGCUGUGGCUGAUAUUAUCCGCACAACAUUGGGUCCUCGGUCCAUGUUGAAGAUGCUGCUUGAUGCUGGAGGAGGAAUUGUGGUUACAAAUGAUGGAAAUUGUAUUCUGAGAGAGUUAGAUCUUGCCCAUCCAGCUGCCAAGUCAAUGAUUGAACUUAGCCGCACUCAAGAUGAAGAAGUAGGAGAUGGGACAACUUCGGUCAUUGUUCUUGCUGGUGAGAUGCUUCAUGUUGCCGAGGCCUUUAUUGACAAAAAUUACCAUCCAACUGUUAUCUGCAGAGCAUACAAUAAAGCUCUUGAGGAUGCUGUUGCUGUACUAGACAAGAUUGCUAUGCCCAUUGAUGUUAACGACCGUGCCACUAUGUUGGGAUUGGUAAAAAGCUGCAUUGGCACAAAGUUUACUGGACAGUUUGGAGACUUAAUUUCUGAUCUUGCUAUCGAUUCUACCACAAUAGUAGGUGUGGACCUUGGCCAAGGGUUACGAGAAGUAGACAUUAAGAAAUAUAUCAAAGUAGAAAAGGUUCCUGGUGGCCAGUUGGAGGAUUCCAAGGUUCUUAAAGGAGUCAUGAUCAAUAAAGAUGUUGUUGCCCCUGGUAAAAUGAGAAGGAAGAUACUGAACCCUCGGAUCAUUCUUCUUGAUUGUCCUCUUGAGUAUAAGAAGGGAGAAAAUCAAACAAAUGCUGAGUUAGUAAAGGAAGAAGAUUGGGAAGUUUUAUUGAAGAUGGAGGAAGAAUAUAUUGAGAACCUUUGUAUGCAGAUAUUGAAGUUCAAGCCUGACCUAGUUAUUACUGAAAAAGGACUCAGUGAUUUAGCAUGCCAUUAUUUCAGCAAGGCUGGUGUUAGUGCUAUUCGGAGAUUGAGGAAGACUGACAAUAACAGAAUUGCUAAAGCAUGUGGGGCUGUUGUUGUCAACAGGCCAGAGGAACUGCAAGAAUCUGAUGUUGGAACUGGAGCAGGGCUUUUUGAGAUAAAGAAAAUCGGAGAUGAGUUUUUUGCAUUUAUUGUUGACUGCAAAGAACCGAAAGCCUGCACUGUUCUGUUGAGAGGUGCUAGCAAAGAUCUUCUAAAUGAAGUUGAAAGAAAUUUGCAGGAUGCCAUGUCUGUAGCAAGAAACAUAUUGAAAAACCCAAAGCUUCUUCCUGGCGGUGGUGCUACCGAGUUGACGGUAUCUGCAACACUAAAACAAAAGAGUUCAUCAAUUGAAGGCAUCGAAAAGUGGCCAUAUGAAGCUGCUGCUGUGGCUUUUGAGGCCAUCCCCAGAACCUUGGCCCAGAACUGUGGAGUCAAUGUGAUCAGGACCAUGACAGCUCUUCAAGGAAAGCAUGCAAAUGGGGAAAAUGCAUGGGUUGGCAUUGAUGGGAACACUGGUGCUAUCGCCGACAUGAAAGAACAAAAGAUAUGGGAUUCAUACAGCGUAAAAGCACAAACAUUCAAGACUGCCAUUGAGGCUGCUUGCAUGCUUCUGAGGAUCGACGAUAUUGUUAGUGGCAUAAAGAAGAAGCAGGCUCCUGGAGCCGGUCCAACUCCAUCUAAACCCAAGAUAGAGGAAGAAGGUGAUGCCGACAAUGAGCAGAUGAUCCCAGAGUAAAAAAAAAAAAAGAAAUAUGGCGCAACUAAUAUUGUGGUUUGCAUUGCACUCUUUCAUACCAAAGGAUCUUCGAGAAACAUGGUUGAAAAUUUUGUUUGUUUGUUAGGUUUUCUCAUGCUAGGACUGUUGAGAGGUUGCUUCAUGUGUCUGUCUACCUCCAUCUAUAAAAUCAACAUCCUUGUUUCCUUGACCAGUGGAGGCCUUCAUUGUCACAGCUAAUAUUAUUAAUUUUCAUCUCACUUAAUCUAUGAGAUAUUCAUGUUUGUGAGUUUGGUAAAUGAGGUUGUUAUUUGGAGAUCUUUUCAAAGAUAUGUCCAUGCAUUCAUUAACAA